ACAUGGCUGUGACAUCACUACCUCCUCCAAGCCAGUGAAUGGCUGCAAGUAACAGUGUGACAGUAUCAGCAGUAGCAGCACGGUGUGUGUGAGGAAGAACAUGCUGACAAGGAAUGAUGGCGAGCACUAGGCUGGGGACAUUUGCCAACACCAAACACCACUGUUUACGUUCUCUCAUCUAUGCGAACUCUUUUGUUGUGAUCCGUAGAACAUGCGUCGGAACUCUGAAGCAGAACCACGACCACAGAACUCACUGUACUGAUACACGCCCAAAGGCUUUGCCUGGAUUUGUCGGCGAAAGACUACAUGUUUUUGAAAAGUUAAAAAUUCGCUAUGAAGCAAGGCUUGCAGAAAGAGUGCUGAGAGACAGUCGGAACAUAAAGGUUUCCCUAAGUGAUGGAAGGGAAAUAUCAGGGCAGUCUUGGAAAACUACCCCAUAUGACAUUGCUUUGCAAACAAGCCCAAGCUUGGCACGUAAUGCAGUUGCUGCCAGAGUGAAUGGAGCUCUGUAUGAUCUGAGUCGACCCCUGGAAGAAGACGCAGCAGUUGAAUUUCUGACUUUUGAUUCCCGUGAUGGACAGGCUAUCUUUUGGCACUCCAGUGCCCAUAUCUUGGGGCUGGCUUUGGAACACUACUACGAGGGCUUAUUAUGCCAUGGGCCCAGCACUGAGAACGGAUAUUUCUAUGAUGUCCACCUACCUAACAGCACUGUGCUAGGCAGUCACCUUCCAGACCUGGAAACUGUGUGUAAAGACAUUAUUAAACAAAAGCUUCCCUUCCAGAGAAUUGAAGUGACCCGGGAAGACCUGCUAGAACUCUUUAAGCAUAAUAAAUUUAAGGUUCGGACCAUUGAAGAAAAGGUGGCUACGUGUACGACUGUGUACAGAUGUGGCUCGCUGGUUGACCUGUGCCAAGGCCCUCAUGUCAGGCAUACAGGACUCAUCCGUGCACUGAAACUCUUAAAGAAUUCCUCUUCCUUCUGGAGAAGUGACCCUACCCAAGAAGCAUUGCAGAGAGUCUAUGGGAUUUCGUUUCCUGAAGGAAAACAGCUCAAAGAGUGGGAAAAAGCUCAGGAGGAAGCCGCCAACCGCGACCACCGCAAAAUCGGAAGAGAUCAGGGAUUGUUUUUUUUCCAUGACCUGAGCCCUGGAAGUUGUUUCUUUCUUCCCAGGGGUGCCCACAUCUAUAAUGUCUUGAUAGACUUCAUAAAGAGUGAGUACAGGAAACGAGGCUUCACAGAAGUGAUGACACCAAACAUGUACAACAAUAAAUUAUGGGAGACAUCGGGCCAUUGGGAACACUACGGAAAGAACAUGUUUUCAUUCACAGUGGAAGAAGAAACGUUUUCCCUUAAGCCCAUGAACUGCCCAGGCCACUGUUUGAUGUUUGACCACCGGCCUCGGUCGUGGCGGGAGCUACCCCUGAGAUUGGCAGACUUUGGUGUGUUGCACAGGAAUGAGCUUUCAGGGACACUUUCUGGUCUAACGCGUGUGCGGCGCUUCCAGCAGGACGAUGCCCAUAUAUUUUGCUCAAUGGACCAGCUGGAAGGAGAAAUUAAUGGGUGUUUGGACUUUCUUCGCACUGUUUAUUCUGUUUUUGGAUUCACAUUCAAACUGUUCCUGUCGACUCGACCAGAACAAUUCAUGGGAGAGGAGGAGGUUUGGCAGCAAGCUGAAGUGGAACUCGAAAAAAGCCUAAAUAGAUUUGGACUCCCGUGGGAGCUGAAUCCAGGAGAUGGGGCAUUUUAUGGGCCAAAGAUUGACAUUCAGAUACAAGAUGCCAUGGGGCGCUAUCACCAGUGUGCCACAAUCCAGCUAGACUUUCAGCUGCCAUUGCGAUUCAACCUCAGCUACACAGGGAAAGCUGAUGGGGCAGUGGAAAGGCCAGUGAUGAUCCAUCGUGCUGUGCUGGGCUCCAUGGAGCGGAUGUUGGCUAUCCUCGCUGAGAACUACGCUGGCAAGUGGCCUCUGUGGCUUUCGCCUUUCCAGGUUAUGGUGAUUCCUGUAGGUCCAAGCGUUGAGAGUUAUGCUUAUGAGGUGCAAAGGAGGAUCCAUGACGCAGGUUUCACGGUGGACCUGGACACUGACCACGGGACCACGUUGAACAAAAAGAUCCGCAAGGCCCAAGUCUCCCAGUUCAACUUCAUACUGGUGGUCGGGGACAAAGAGAAGCAGAACAGCACAGUAAAUGUUCGGACUAGAGACAACAAGCAGCAUGGCGAGCGGGACCUGGAGGUUCUCCUUGUGAGACUGACUGAGCUGAGAGACUCCCGGGUCAGCAAUGCUGAGGAGAUAUUCUGAAGGCAAAGUCUCCAGCUGUAACUUGCGUCAGUUCCUCAGGGGAAACGUCUGAAUCAUUAGAGGCGAAUUCUAAACUUUCCAUGUUACCCUGCGGCGGAAAGCGCUGAAGAGGAUUCAGGAGACGGUGGUGAUUGGCUCCAUAUAAAUCGGAUCCAUUCUCAGACACCAUUCUGCAGGCUGAUCUAUAUCCGGAGCCCAUAUCUACAUAUCUAUACGUGUCUUUCCUGACUGCCCCUACAUCAUGGCUGCACUGGAUAUAUUUAUUAAGGAAAUAAAGGCUAUUUUUCAA